AGAAAGCUUUCUUCAACGUCUGAUGACAAUCUUUUUUGUCUUAAGUACUCUGACAUGAAUGAAGAAAUGAUAACUGAAGUGAGUGAAAUGUGUGUCACAGCCUGCGAAAAGUACCCCGACGACAACUGCGCAGCAGCGAAGAUGGUGAAACGUCAAUUUGAGCAGAAGGCAGGUGCGGGAUGGCAGGUGGUGAUUGGUCAAGGCUUCGGAUUUGAGAUCACCUAUGACCUCAACUCGGUCAUGCUACUCUACGUGGGUGGCAAUACUGGCGUUCUCAUUUGGAAGUGCGUCUAG